AUGAAAUUGGCAUCGACCUUGGCUACUGUGAUCGCCCUUCUCGGGAUCUUCGAAGGGGUCAGUGGAGUGCCGGUUUGGCCGCCAAUGAAAACCGAGGCGCAUGAGCAACACUUUAACCCGACCUCGGCACCUGCUUAUCCUGAAUAUGAGUCCAUGUUCAACUAG